GGUUUCAUUGGCUGCCUACCCCGGAACUUCCUGGAUCCUGCGCGUGCUGGUGGCGUCUCCUGGAGCUGCGGCGGCUGUACGAGUGGUGGUAGCCUAGGUCUGGCGAGAGGCCAUGGCCAAGAACAAACGGCGUGGGCCCAAGCCCAGGAACGUAUUUCACAUAGCCAGCCAAAAACACUUCAAGGUUAAAAGUAAAGCCAAGCCAGUUACCACUAACCUGAAGAAGAUCAACAUUGUGAAUGAUGACAAAGUUAAUAGAAUGAAUAAAGCCUUUGUCGAUAUCCAAAAGGUGCUCACCCACUUCUCCAAAGGCCUCUCCCUUGAGCCUGUGCAGAAACCGCUGAUUCCUCAGCAGUGUCAUGAAAACGAAGCAGUUAAUGUGGACGAGGCCACAAAGUUAAUGGCUCAGUUGUAAUACGCUGGUGAGGUGUCAAGUCCCCCAAAAGACAAAUAAAUAAAAUGUUUUAUACAACUUUA